CGCGCUGCCGCCUCGGCUGGGCUGCCUGGCGGGGGCUGGCGGCGGGGUCCCGUUAGCGAGGCGGGAAGGCAGCGCUCCCGCCGCCGUCCCGCACCAUGGCGAAGCGCCUGAGGAGCAGCGAGGUCUGCGCCGACUGCAGCGCCCAGGAUCCCUGUUGGGCAUCCAUAAACAGAGGGAUUCUGAUCUGUGACGAGUGCUGCAGCGUUCACCGCAGUCUGGGCCGUCACAUCUCUCAAGUGAGGCAUCUCAAGCACACCCCAUGGCCUCCAACCCUGCUGCAGAUGGUUGAAACACUGUAUAAUAAUGGUGCUAACUCCAUAUGGGAACAUUCCUUGCUGGACCCUGCCUCUGUGAUGAGUGGAAGGCGCAAAGCGAGCCCACAGGAUAAAGUGCAUCCCAACAAAGCAGAAUUCAUUAGAGCUAAAUAUCAAAUGCUGGCGUUUGUUCAUCGCCUGCCCUGCCGUGAGGAUGACAGUGUCACUGCCAAAGACCUGAGUAAGCAACUCCAUUCCAGUGUCAGGACAGGGAACCUGGAGACCUGUUUGCGGUUACUCUCCUUAGGAGCCCAAGCCAACUUCUUUCACCCUGAGAAGGGCAACACCCCGCUCCACGUGGCUGCCAAGGCAGGACAGACUUUACAGGCAGAAUUAUUGGCAGUUUAUGGGGCUGAUCCUGGCACACAGGAUUCCAAUGGGAAAACUCCAGUUGACUAUGCAAGACAAGGUGGGCACCAUGAGCUGGCAGAGCGCCUGGUGGAAAUUCAGUAUGAGCUCACAGACAGGCUGGCUUUCUACCUCUGUGGCAGGAAACCAGAGCAUAAAAAUGGACAGCACUUUGUUAUACCUCAGAUGGCAGACAGCAGUCUAGAUGUAUCAGAACUUGCAAAAGCAGCUAAGAAGAAGCUCCAGUCUCUAAGCAACCACUUAUUUGAAGAACUUGCCAUGGAUGUGUAUGAUGAAGUUGACAGAAGGGAAACAGAUGCAGUCUGGCUUGCUACUCAGAAUCACAGUACACUCGUGACUGAGACCACAGUGGUCCCUUUUCUUCCUGUAAAUCCUGAAUAUUCCUCAACCAGGAACCAGGGAAGGCAGAAGCUGGCUCGAUUUAAUGCCCACGAGUUUGCUACUCUGGUUAUAGAUAUUUUAAGUGAUGCCAAACGAAGGCAACAGGGGAAUCCUCUCACUGGUUCAAAAGAAAAUGUGGAGCUGAUACUCAAAUCCAUCAGCAAUCAACACAGCAGUGAAAGUCAGGAUAAUGACCAGCCUGACUAUGACAGUGUUGCUUCAGAUGAAGACACAGAUCUGGAAACAAAUGCAGCUAAAUCAAGCAGACAGAAGAGCCUGGACUCAGACUUGUCAGAUGGACCAGUGACAGCCCAAGAAUACAUGCAAGUGAAGAGUGCACUGGUGGCUUCUGAGGUAAAGAUCCAGCAGUUAAUGAAGGUGAACAUCAACCUGAGUGAUGAGCUGAGAAUCAUGCAGAAAAAGCUUCAAACGCUACAGAGUGAGAACAGCAGCCUCAGAAGACAGGCCACAACCAAUCUCUGUCAGGUCCCAAGUGGCUCAGAGUACCCAGACCCUGCCAACAAUUCCUCCCUAAAGCGGCGCCCGUCGGCACGGGGCAGCAGACCCAUGUCCAUGUAUGAGACUGGAUCAGGGCAGAAGCCCUACCUCCCCCUGGGAGAGGUCCCAUACCCAGAAGAAAGCAUAACAAGACUGCAGCCUUUCCCUCCACAUGGCUCCAAGCUGGAGAAGCAGAGCAGUGUGUCUGAGAGCGACUACGAUAACCCCCCCACCCCUCUGGAGCUGGAGGAGACAGGGUCAGGCAGGAAGGGUCGUCAGAGGAGCAUCAUCUGGCAGGGGGAGGGAUCCAUCCCUGAAGACGCCGACACAGCCCCCAGCUCCAGUCUGCCCAGUACAGAAGACGUCAUCCGGAAAACUGAGCAGAUCACCAAGAACAUUCAGGAGCUGCUGAGAGCAGCACAGGAGAACAAGCACGACAGCUAUAUACCAUGCUCGGAGAGAAUACACGUGGCAGUAACAGAAAUGGCAGCAUUGUUCCCAAAAAAACCCAAAUCUGAGCUGGUGAGGACUUCCUUGCGCCUGCUGACCUCUAGUGCCUACAGACUGCAGUCAGAGUGCACAAAAACCCUGCCCGUGGAGACCUGUCCCACCACAGACAUCCAGCUGGUCACCCAGCAGGUCAUCCAGUGUGCCUAUGACAUUGCCAAGGCUGCCAAGCAGCUGGUUACCAUCACAACCAAAGAGAACAACAACUGAGUCACACUUGGCUUUUUAGUCUUGGGUUAUUUUUUAAAAAAAAAAGGUUGGAUCUCCAAUAAAGGUGUGGAACUAUUCACAUUUUUUAUGAGAAAAACUAAAGGGGGCAAGAAACUUAUUAUUUUUUUUUUUAAACUCAGUAUUAUUUUUGCAUGUUUUCUAACAACUUUAUGAUUAAUUUAACCUACUGCCUUAUUUUGUGCCUGUGUUGCCAGUUUAGUUACAGAUAAUUAGCAUGUUGCAAAUAGCUGUUGAGCCAAUAGCACCUCCCAGCCUUGUACCAAGCUGGAUUUUUUUUCCUUGGGGACACCUUCUGCUUGCAGACUUCACUUGCAAACCUCUCUCUGAAGCCACCUGCAUGUGUCAGGGCAGAGCCUCCCCUCUGCUUCUCCAUCCUGGACCCUCACAUGCCCCUGGCUGAGAAACCUGCAGGCUCCCAAAGCUCCAGGACUGUAACUGCUCCCCAGCAGGAAGGAGGCUGUGAUCCCCCUCAUGGGAUAAGCCCAAUAUUUUCUGUUCCCAUAUCAACUGUUGUGCAAUAAUAUGUUUUUAGUCUGCUAAAAGAGUAGUAGUUGUGAGCAUCUGAGCUUCUUACAUGUAACUGUACCAGGUCUUUGUCACUUUAUCCGUUUUUGGAAGGAAUUUGAAACUUUAUAGUUAUUUCUUUUAGUUGUCACUAUGCCAUUAAUAUAUAUGUUUGAUGUUACUUUAGGGCAUUAGUGGUUAAAAUAUUAUCCUUUGUUUCUGAUUCCAAUAACUCAUCCUUAAGUUUCCCACAGAAUUUUGCUGUCAUCUUCAGGGCACCAUCUUCUCUGCAGCAGCAUUGCUCAGAAACACAAGAUGCAAUUUCACUCAAGAUUUCUGUGAUAAUUGAAAAAAAAAAAUCAAAAAACCAAAAAACAAGAAGUUAGAUGAGUGCCAGUGAACAGCAGCUGUGUCUGCCCUAGCAUGUGACUUCUGUACCUCAGCAUAUCCAAAUGUGAAACACUUCCUGUAAGUUUUAUACAAAAUCUAUCAAAAUUUUACAAGCUUCACAUGGAGUAACCCAGGCCAUAACCUGUCAGAAAGGUGGGUGACAAACAUCCAUGUGUCUUUCAGCUUUUAUCAGGUUGUUUGUUUUUUUUUUAAUCUUUCAGGUUUUAUUUUCAUAACAGCUCCCAAAAUGUCUCAGUCCAUAAUUUCAAAAAUGAGAGGUUUGAGGAAGCCUGUGGAGGUAAAAAAACCACUGAAGUUGAGUGUCUGGUUCCUCCUCAGAUCACAGUGUUUGUACAUACAUCUGAACACCAAGUGCCAUAGCAGUGCUGGGUUCCUGCAUGUUGUCAUCUGCUCCAUUUUGAGGGAGUAGAUGACAACCCAAUAAUUAACAUUCUGCAUUGUGGGUUUGGGGUUUUUUUUUUAGUUCCUUUCUGCCCUUCUGAAUCCUGGAACUGUCUCUAAACUCCCAGAACUGCAGACAGGCUCUGUGAUUUCUGUAAAACCAACUUUGGAAUUCUGCUGCUGGCAAUUAAAUAUAUUGAUAAUGUAGGAACUUUUCCUGCAGUUGGCAGCAGAUGGUCACUGCAAACCUCUCAGGACCCCACUGUCCACUUCACCAUAUCACACCUGCUUUCCCCAGCAGGGUAACACUGAGGUGUGUUUAAGUUAUCACUUGUUUUAUCUUGCCUCUGUACCAAAUGUGUGCUCUGAGAACUGCAAGCUUUGUUCCAGCUACACAGAUUCUCUAAAGUUCAGGACUGCUCCUCAAAAGGCCUGAAAACAUGGCCAGUUCUUACCUGAUUUCCAUUCUGUCACUCUCACAGCAUUUCUGGUCAGUUCCCCCCAACAAAUGUCUGUUCUAGGUUUGUUACAAUCUUUUUUUUUUUUUUCCCUGUAAUCCAACUUGCUCUUUCUUUACAAAAUGCUGCACAGGAAAGUAACAAACUUUUUGCCUUUUUCCAGAACUUGUAUUUAUUAGUGUCAUUCUGUCUGUACAAUAUUUUUGACUUAAUCUUUUGUUUACAGUAUUACUAUAAAAUGCUAAAACUC